AUGAAGAAGGAGCAAGUUGUCAAUUGUCAAUUUUCCGUCUGGUACCCAUUAUUUAAGAAACAUACUAUUAAAAGUCUUAUUCUACCACUGCCUCAAAAUGUAAUAGAUUACCUACUCGACGAUGGUACAUUGGUAGUGUCUGGAAGUGAUCAUAACACAGAACACGUAAACAUCAACAGUGAUUUAGAUGCAGAGGAAGACGUCCAGUGGUCAGAUGAUGAAACUACAACUACGGUUACUGCUCCAGAGUUCCCUGAAUUCACCUCUAAAGUGUUGGAGUCAAUAAAUGCUUUAGGUGGAAGUGUGUUUCCUAAGCUUAACUGGAGCUCACCACAGGACGCAAAUUGGAUUGCAUUGAACAGCUCACUUCAGUGCAGCAGCCUCAGUGAUAUAUUUCUCCUGUUUAAAAGUUCAGACUUCAUCACUCGUGACCUCACUCAACCGUUUAUACAGUGCAGUGACCUGGACACUCCAGAUCCUGCCAUCAGCUAUGAGCUGGUUCUCAGGAAGUGGAGCGAGCUGAUUCCUGGGGGAGAGUUUCGCUGCUUUGUCAAAGAGAAUAAACUCAUUGCCAUUUCCCAAAGAGACUACACUCAAUUUUACCACCAUGUCCUAAAGCAGGAGGACCUCAUCACUCAUGCCAUUCAAGACUUCUUCAACAACUACAUUCAAUACAACUUUUUAGAUGAAGACUUUGUUUUUGAUACCUACAGAGACAGCCAGGGUCGAGUGUGGCUGAUUGACUUUAACCCUUUUGGUGAAGUGACUGACUCACUCCUUUUCACUUGGGACGAACUGUCCUCAGGAGAAAUCACACAGCAGCAGGAGGGCCCUGCUUUCCGUUACACCACCAGUGACGUGACGGUCCAGCCCAGUCCCUGUCUGAGCUACAGGAUCCCACGGGACUUUGUGGACCUCUCAACUGGAGAAGACGCAUAUAAACUCAUCGACUUUCUCAAACUGACAAAGAGUCAACAGGAAGAAUCUGAGAACGAAGAAGACGAGGCUGCUCCACAGUGA